ACAACAUGACCAAUCCAACAGCACACUUUUCAUGGAAAAUUAUUAACCUCAUAGCAAUAACAAGAAUCAGAAUCAUCGUGUAAACAAAAUUUGAGGUAGUGCACUCUAUGCUUCAACAGCAUAAAAUAUGCUGCCUGAAUAAUCUCGCAUGGGAAAGAAAGAAAGAACGAAACGCGGAGGCAAGUAUGGGAAAUUUGCCUACAUAAACCCACUGUUCGGUGGUUGUUCCAUCAGUCGAUAGAUUGCACUGUAUCGAAUCGGACCUCAGUUUUGGCAUAAAGUAAAGUAAAUCAUUUUCAUUGAAUCAAAUUUUCCAAAAGAUUCAAACGUAAUCGUGUUAAGAGUGAUUUUUGUAAUUAGUGGCUUUAACUAUUCGAACGGUCAUUCCUAUAAUUUCAAACAACAUGAAGAAGGAACAAAUUCGCCAUCUGCUGAAUCUGUCAAUCGAAGAGAAGCGCGCAUUUCUCGAUUCGUUCGAUUCGAUAAUGUCCGAUUGUGACGGUGUCGUAUGGAACUUCACCGGCCCGAUUCCCGACGUUGACAAGGCCUUGCAACUGCUCAAGCACAAGGGUAAAAAGCUGGCAUUCAUUUCCAACAACGGGAUGCGCACCAUGGAGGAAUAUAAGCGGAACUUCAACAAUCUCGGAAUCACGGUUAACGAAAACAACAUAGUGCAUCCGGCGUUGACGACAGUCAAGUACCUCAAAUCGGUCAACAUGCGGGACGCUGUGUACUGUAUAGGAACUGAAAUUUUCAAGGAUUAUCUGCGAAAUGCAGGAUUCACCGUGCUUGAUGGGCCCACACAAGGCUUCCCAGACGAAAGGGUGGCAAAUUCGGUGCGAGUAUACACCAGCUACUUUGCGGAAACCGACAGUCCGAAGGUCGGGGCCGUGGUAAUGGACCUUGAUGUGAACAUUUCCCUUGCGCAUCUGAUGAAAGCCAAAUGUUACCUGGAGCGAAACAGAAACUGUGUGCUCAUAGCAGGAGCCACAGAUACGAUCGUUCCGUUGGAUACCAGCAUGGAUGUGAUAGGACCGGGCUACUUCAUCGAUGUAUUGGAACGCGCCUCCGGUCGUAAGGCAUUGGUACUCGGAAAACCUGGUUUGGCGUUGGCAAACUUUGUGCUGGAACAGUUUAACGUGACCAACCCGGAAAGGACUUUAUUCAUCGGUGAUAUGCUUCCUCAAGAUAUGGGCUUUGGGACACGGUGUGGGUUUCAGAAGAUUUUGGUGCUCAGCGGUGGUACGACGAAAGGCAUGAUGUUUUCGCACGACAAACCAAACGAACUGCCGGAUUAUUACGCAAAUAGUUUUGCUGACUUCAUCCAGUUAUACAAAGAUGUGGCAGAAAAGCAUUAAUACUUAAGCAUAGGAUCGAUACCUCUCAUACAUUGUGCCAUAAUGUAUAUUUGAAUGUAAUUCAAAGAUACACACAGUUAUUCUUUUAUCUGUUAUUUUACAUUAUAUUCUUUGGUUUGAUUAAGUUUUAUGUGAUAAAAAUAUUGAAACAAAUAUAAAUCAAAAACUUCAAAUUAAA